AUGCCGCUCCUCCUCCUCCUCCUCCGCUCGUGCGCACUGCUGCCGCUGCCUCUGCCUCUGCCGCUGGUCCUGCCAGACCAGCCUCUCCCGGUCCCGCGCAACCCCGAUCCGCACGGCGGGACCGUGUCGCGCCUCCAGAGCGGUCUUGCACCCGGGGCAGUAGAACAUGUACCGCUCCGCGCCCGAGAUGCUGGGCCCGCCGUCGAGGUACACCGCGUAGUACGUCGCCGCCUUGCUGCGGUGGCGCGCGUCGGCGCACUCGCAGCACUUGCCGAGCGUGGCGGUCAGGUGGCAGUCGCGGGGCAGCCAGUGCUCGCAGCGGGUGGCCUGGUAGAGCAGCCCCCGUGCGAUGCUUCGCUGGUGGCUUGCGACGGCUAUAGCUGCUGCUGUUGCUGCUCCCGACGUUGCUGA